AAUGAGCCUCUCUGGGGGAGAGAGAGGAGGAGACCACUGCCUCCAAAAUGACUCAAGACACCAGUUCUAAGAGUGUCCAGAAGCCCAGAGCAGAGUCCCCUACAACCAGCCUGCUAUCAAUGACGAGUGAUCAGCCACCUGCUUUCAGCCAGGAAUCAUUACCAGAUGACAAUAAGGAAGUGGAGAGUUUGGACAGUGAGGAUGCAUUAAAGAUCACACACAACCUUCUGGACAGAAGAAGUCAAACUCUGCUGACAGUCCAACAAGACAUUAAGGCUAAACUGAAACACAAGUAUCAACACAUAUCUGAAGGAAUUGGACACCAUGGAAACCAAAGUCUGUUAAAGGACAUCUACACAGAGCUCUACAUCACAGAGGGUGGAAGUGGAGGGCUCAAUAAUGAACAUGAGGUUAGACAGAUAGAGAUGGCAUCCAAGAAACAAACCACACAAGAGACACCAAUCAAAUGCAACGACAUCUUCAAGCCUUUACCUGGACAAGACAAACCUAUCAGAACUGUGCUGACAAAAGGAAUCGCUGGCAUUGGAAAAACAGUCUCUGUGCAGAAGGUCAUCCUUGACUGGGCAGAGGGAAAAGCAAAUCAGGACGUUCAUUUCAUGUUUCCUCUUCCUUUCCGUGAUCUGAACCUGAAAAAGGACCAAUACAGUCUGAUGCAACUUCUUUCCCACUACUUCCCAGAGCUGAAAGAGAUUGACAGCAUUGAAGAUGGUGAAACCAAAACUGUUUUCAUUUUUGAUGGUCUGGAUGAGUGUCGACUUCCUCUAGACUUCAAAAACAAUGAGAAGUGCUGUGAUGUCACGAAGCCAACCUCAGUGGACGUGCUGCUGACAAACCUCCUCGAGGGGAAUCUGCUUCCCUCUGCUCUCGCCUGGAUAACCUCACGGCCUGCAGCAGCCAAUCAGAUCCCUCCUGAGUGUGUUGACCAGGUGACAGAAGUACGAGGGUUCAAUGAUCCACAGAAGGAGGAGUAUUUCAGGAAGAAAAUCACAGUUCAGAAUCUGGCCAAUGAAAUCAUCAAACACAUGAAGACAUCAAGGAGCCUCCACAUCAUGUGCCACAUGCCAGUCUUCUGUUGGAUAUCAGCCACUGUCCUUGAGAUGAUACUGAAAGAGGCAGAGAAGGAUGAAGUCCCCAAAACUCUGACCCAGAUGUACUCACACUUCAUAUUCAUCCAAAUCAUUGUGAAGAACAGGAAGUACAACAAAGCCACAGAGACAAACCCAAAGGAACUGUCUCAGUCAGACAAAGAGAUGAUCCUGAAACUGGCAAAGCUGGCUUUCCAACAGCUGCAGAAGGGCAACCUGAUCUUCUAUGAGGAGGACCUGAGAGAGUGUGGCCUUGAUGUCACAGAGGCAUCAGGGUACUCAGCAUUGUGUACAGAGAUCUUUAAAGAAGAAUCUGGGCUGAACCAAGAGAAGGUCUACAGCUUUGUGCAUCUGAGCAUUCAGGAGUUUCUAGCAGCAGUGCAUGCUAUAGAAUCAUGUCUGGACAAGAAGGAAAAUGUUUUCCCCCCCAAAGCAGUCACUAGUGAUGAUGAUGAUGAUGAUGAUGAGGAGGAGGAGGAGGAGGAGGAGAUUGAUGAUAAGCAGGACGAGGAGGAGGAGAACAAGGAUGAUGAUGAUGAUGAUGAGGAGGAGGAGGAGGAGGAGGAGGAGAUUGAUGAUAAGCAGGACGAGGAGGAGGAGAACAAUGACGAAGAUGAGGAUGAUGAUGACGACAAUGAUGAAGAGGAGUCAUUCCAGUUGUCUGACUUACACAGGAGAGCAGUGGACGAGGCCUUGAAGAGUGAGAAUGGACACCUGGACCUGUUCCUCCGCUUCCUUCUGGGUCUCUCACUGGAGUCCAAUCAGAAUCUGUUACGAGGCCUUCUGACACAGACAGGAUGUACGACAGAGACCAAUGAGAAAACAGUUAAGAGAACAGUUGGGUACCUUUCAGUCAAGAUCAAAAGAGAAUCCACACCAGAAAGGAUCAUCAACUUGUUCCACUGUCUGAAUGAACUUGGUGCCAACUCUCUAGUUGAAGACAUGCAGACCUCCCUGCGAUCAGGAACUCUUUCAGAAACAAAGCUAAAACCUGACCAAUGUUCAGCCUUGGCCUACCUGUUACUGAUGUCAGAGGAGGUGCUGGAGGAGUUUGACCUGAAGCCAUACAACACAUCAGAGGAAGGUUAUCAGAGGUUGCUGCCGGUAGUGAAAACCUGCAAGAGAGCACUGUAA